AUGGAGGAGAAGAUGAGUGUCGUGGUCUUUGCCUCACUGCUCUUAUUUACCAUCUUUUUAAAUUACAGCUACGCAGAGAUAACAACAGCGAGUCCUUUGUCAAUAGGACAAACUCUCAGCUCCUCUAAUGGAGUUUAUGAACUAGGGUUCUUCAGUCCUAAUGACUCCGAGAAUCAUUGUGUCGGAAUCUGGUUCAAGGGUAUCACUCCCCGGACGGUUGUGUGGGUGGCCAACAGAGAAAACCCUGUUACAGACUCCACAGCAAAACUCACUAUCAGCAGCAAUGGAAGUCUUCUCUUACUUGAUGGCAAACAUGGCGUUGUGUGGUCCAGCGGAGAAAAUUCUGCAUCCAACCCGUCUCACGCCGAGCUUUCAGACAUCGGAAAUCUUAUUGUCAAAGACAGUAUCUCAAGAAACACUCUAUGGGAAAGCUUUAAGCAUCUUGGUGAUACUUUGCUUCCUUUGUCUCCCCUCAUGUAUAACCUCAACACUGAUGAGAGAAGAGUGUUGACUUGUUGGAGAAGUUACACUGAUCCAUCCCCCGGCGACUUUGUGGCUCAGAUUACAUCGCAAGUGCCAUCACAGGUGCUUACUACGAGAGGCUCCAUGCCUUAUUAUAGAUCCGGUCCAUGGGCUAAAACAAGGUUCACCGGGAUACCGGGAAUGGAUGAAACAUUAACAAGCCCAUUCAUCAUUCAGCAAGAUGCAAACCUCGGGUCUUUCUCUUACAUAAGCAGAAACUUAAAGCUCUCACGUUUGGUUUUAACCUCAGAGGGCUUCUUGAAGAGGUUUCAGCAUAGUGGUACCGACUGGGAAUUAACCUAUGAGUCUCCAGCUAACCCAUGCGAUCAUUAUGGUGUAUGUGGACCUUUUGGCUUGUGUGUCACGUCAGCGUCUCCAAAGUGUAAGUGCUUCAAAGGGUUUGUGCCAAAAGACGUUGAGAAGUGGAAAAGAGGAAACUGGACUGAUGGUUGUGUGAGGCACACGGAAUUGUUAUGUCAGGGAAACUCUAGUGGCAAAGAUGCAAACGUCUUCCAUCAAGUUGCCAACGUAAAGCCUCCAGACUUUUACGAGUUUGUAAUCUCUGUGGAUGGUGAAGACUGCCACCGAGGCUGCCUCCAAAAUUGUUCUUGCUUGGCCUUUGCCUAUAUCCGUGGAAUAGGGUGCUUAAUAUGGAACCAGGAGCUAUUGGAUGUAGCGCAAUUCUCUAAGGGAGGAGAGCUUCUUUCCAUUCGUCUAGCUCGCUCUGAACUAGGUGGAAAUGAGCGCAACAAGACCAUUGCUGCUAGUGUUGUGAGCCUUUUUCUUUUUGUGAUAUUGUGUUCUGCUGCGUUUGGUUUUUGGAGAUACAGAGUGAGACAUAAUGAAACUAUAUCGAAGCUUGCUUCACAAGAUUCAUGGAGCAAUGAUCUUACACCGCAAGAUUUCUCAAGUUUAUGUUUCUUUGAGAUGAAUGCUAUUGAACUUGCCACAAAUCGUUUCAGUCUCUUAAAUAAACUCGGGCAAGGUGGAUUUGGUUCUGUUUUUAAGGGGAAGCUGCAAGAUGGGAAAGAGAUUGCUGUAAAACGUCUUUCUAGAAGCUGCGGACAGGGCAAAGAGGAGUUCAUGAAUGAGAUAGUACUCAUCUCAAAGCUACAACACAGAAACUUAGUUCAGCUUUUGGGAUGUUGCAUUGAAGGAGAAGAGAGGCUAUUGGUCUAUGAAUAUAUGGUGAACAAAAGCCUUGAUACAUUUCUCUUUGAUUCAAGAAGAAGGCUUGAGCUUGAUUGGCCAAAGAGAUUUGAUAUCAUUCAAGGUAUUGCACGUGGACUUCUCUACCUCCACCGUGACUCACGCCUCAAGAUCAUUCACCGAGACCUGAAGGUCAGCAAUAUUCUUCUGGAUGAGAACAUGAACCCUAAAAUAUCAGAUUUUGGAUUGGCUCGGAUGUUCCAGGGAACACAAAAUCAGGACAACACUCUAAGAGUUGUAGGAACUAUUGGAUAUAUGUCUCCUGAGUAUGCAUGGACUGGAGUGUUCUCUGAGAAAUCAGACAUCUACAGCUUCGGAGUUCUUCUCUUAGAAAUCAUCAGCGGAGAGAAGAUCUCAAGAUUCAGCUAUAAUGAAGAGUGUAAAACCCUUCUUGCAUAUGCGUGGGAGUCUUGGUGUGAAACUGGAGGAGUUGAUUUUCUGGAACAAGAUGUUGCUGAUUCUUAUUACCCAUUACAAGUUGGGAGAUGUGUUCAGAUUGGUCUGCUUUGUGUUCAACACCAACCUGUAGACAGACCCAACACACUUGAGCUACUGUCUAUGCUAACGACAACAUCAGAUCUUCCAUCACCAGAACAACCCACAUUUGUAGUGCACACUAGAUGUGAUGAAUCCACGUCUAAGGAUUUGAUCACUGUCAAUGAGAUUACACAAUCUGUGAUCCAGGGGCGUUGA